UGACCUUUUAAUUUUCACAUGAAAAUGUCUUAACAAGUACAUUAUGUGUGAUCAGUUUUUUUCGAAAUGUCUCACGUCUUCUCAUUGUAUGAUCGAAGUUUAUCAAAGGGACUAAUUGUUUCAAAUACUAUUUAUUUCUUUGUAUUUUUGCAGGUAUUUGGUACAUGUUUAAUUGUUAUGGGCAGUUAUGUACAUCUAUUUCUGAGUACAUUUUUACGUAAUAUGCCAGUUCAUAUGUUAUCAUUGACAUUUAUCAUGAUGGCACUUGGAUGUCUUCUGUUCUCACUUGGUAGUAUUGGUAUAUUAUUCGUUUUCACUGGACGUCGAAGAAUUAAUGCACUUGUAAAGUUGAAUGCUGUUGUGAACUAAUACUAAUUUUGUUAUUUAU